AUGACUACCCAACCCAACGAAAAAGACGUUUUAAGGGUUCCACCCAACCAUGAUAUGGAGCAAGCGGAUACUGAAGUCCAGCGUGGCGAGAUCAAGCAUGGAGAGACGCGAGACUUCGACCCAGCCCUGCAGUUUAUGGCUGAUGGCGAAAUCGAAUAUACCCCUGAAGAGUCCCGCAAAGUGUUGUUCAAGAUCGACCGAGUCCUGAUGCCUUUGCUGUGUUGGGACACACACUUGGACCCUGAGUCACAGCAAUACAGCUGGGUCUCGAGCAUUUUCUACGCUGGAUACAUAUUCUGGGAAUUUCCCACUACCUAUCUGCUACGUCGACUUCCACUAGGGAAAUAUACUUCAGCCAAUAUUCUGAUUUGGGGCGUCGUGCUUCUCUGCCAUGUCGCAGCUGAUAGUUACGCUGGACUGCUCUGUGUUCGCUUUUUCCUCGGCGCGUUCGAAGCGACAAUAACUCCGGCCUUCGUCCUGUUUACCUCCUGUUGGUAUAAACAAGAGGAGCAGGCCAAGCGUAUGGGCUUCUGGCUUGCUUGCAACGGUGUCGCUCAGAUACUGAUUGCGGCAAUCGCGUAUGGACUGUCAGGUGUGCAGGAGGCAUCUAUUCCUGUGUGGAAGAUACUCUUCCUGGUGCUUGGCUUGCCUACCGUUCUCACCGGCUUUCUUUAUUUUUGGUUCAUGCCUAACAAUCGAAUCCAGGCCAAAUUCCUGAGCCACCGCGAGAAGCAUAUUGCUGUUGAUCGCAUCAGAGGCAAUUUUCAAGGCAUUGGGAACCGUACUUGGAAAUGGGCACAUUUCUUCGAAGCAUUCCGGGAUCCACGCACAUACCUCUACGUUCUAUUUUCAUUCUUGAUGAAUAUUCCAAAUGGAGGAAUCACUACCUUCGGUUCUCUCAUUAUCAGCUCUUUCGGCUUCUCUAGCCGGAUGUCCCUCAUGCUUAACAUGCCAAUGGGUCUUGUUGAUAUCUCCUGCAAGCUGGGGUUGACGUACAUGUCGGACAGGUUACUUGACCGAACCCUCUUUGCCAUCAUCGCUAUCCUUAUACCUAUGGUUGGCGGCAUCUUGAUGAUUGUCCUUCCCCUUCACGCAAAAGCCGGCUUGUUGGUGGGUUACUAUUGUAUCGGUGCUGCCGGGACCUCGUGGUGUUUGGUCAUGGUGAUGAUAUCUAACAAUACGCUGGGUUACACCAAGAAGGCAACUGUGAAUGGUCUUCAGAUAUUGGCCUAUGCUGCUGGAAACUGGAUCGGACCGCAGACGUUCCGCUCGAAUCAAGCGCCGGAGUACUUCGACGGCAAGUUGCUCGUUGCCAUCAUGUACGCUCUGGCAGCGGCUACCUUACUGGUAAUUCGUCUGGUGAACAUUAUGGAAAAUAAGAAACGCGACCGGCAGGCAAGUUCUGAUCCCGACCGCGAGAACGUUAUUGUUGGGACUGAGUUCCUCGAUUUGACGGAUUUCGAGCAGCCAGCCUUCCGCUAUGUGCUCUGA